UUUCCUUUUGUGUCAUUAUAUAAGGGAACUCCCAUUUCCCCCAGUUAUCAUCAAUAACCAAUACCAUAGUCGAAAAAACCUAUAUUGGAUCCCUCUCCCACCACUUCUAUUCAUCCACGUACCAUGGCAAAACAAAGUUCUGGGAUUUUAUGCUUGAUCCUGAUCGCUUUUGCUGCUGUUCCAAGUUGGGCAACUGAUUACACAGUUGGAGACACUUCUGGUUGGGCACUAGGGGUUGAUUAUACCUCAUGGACUGGUGGGAAGACCUUCAAAGUUGGCGACAACCUUGUGUUCAAUUAUGCAACUAGCCAUACCGUGGAUGAAGUGACACAAAGCGAUUAUGGCACAUGCGCAGCGGGAAAUGCCAUUAGUACAGACAACACAGGCGCAACUACUAUCCCUCUCAAAACUCCCGGGACACAUUAUUUCAUCUGUGGUGUCGUUGGCCACUGCGGCGGUGGGAUGAAGUUAUCCGUCACCGUGACAGGAGGAGGACCUUCUGCAUCUCCACCAGCUGGAAGCGGAACAACUACUUCUCCAUCAUCUGGCACCACUACUACUCCGGCAACCGCUACAACCACCCUAACACCACCUUCAAGCACCACAACUACUGCCCAGCCAUCGUCUUCAGCAGCUCUCACUCCAUUUGGAGCCCUGUUUUUCACUUUGGUAGCUCUGAUUUCUAAGUUGGUUAUGUCUUAAAAGCUUAGCAAGAGGGCUAGUAGUACUUACUCUAGCCAGGAUAGAGGCAGUGCCAUUUUCCUGUUCUUUUGUGUCAUUCAAUCCUUGCUUUUUCUCUUGUACUUUUUGUUGAGGUUGUCUUUGUCCUUGAUUAAUUAGCUUAAUUAAUAAUUGUCCCAUUUAUUGGUUUCGUUGUUUA